AUGGUAGACCCACAAUUACCAUUGGAACUACCAUUCCAAGAGCUUAUUAAAGAAGCUAGACGAUUACCAGUCUAUACCGGACACAGCAGUGAAUACUCACUGAAUACCUGGAUCGACGAAGUGAACACACUAUUGGCUUUAACACAACCCGGAAACGAGCAAUCCUACAUCUUCAGGCUGAUACUUCAUAGAAUUCAAGGAGCAGCUAGAGAUGCAAUUCAAAAAGUUAGCGAACAAAAUUGGCAGAACAUCAAAGCAGCUUUAAUCUUCACCUUUGGCUCAUUAAUUCCUGAAUACAAGGCAUACUUGUUAGAAAUUAGAAAUUGUACCACAUUAAAUCAAGCUUACAGCAUAUUAUCUGAAGUUCGUCAAAAUAUUGACAAUGAUAAUCAACCACGUAAUAACAAUAACAACUACCAUAAUAACCCGCGAAAUAGUCACAGGAAUAACCAAAAUCAACGUAAUAAUAAUAAUCGACCCAGUCACAAUUACAAUAAUAAUCACAGACAAACAGAUAACAGACAAAAUUUUAACCAAAACCCUCGUUACAACAAUUAUAGGUUUAAUAAUAGAAACAACAAUAACAGACCUAACAACUACAAUAAUCAAAAUAACCAUAAUAGUCAAAAUCAAAAUAGACAACAACACCACUACCAUCAGAAUAACAGAACAGAGUCUAUGCAAGUAGACAACUCCAAUCAGUAUCGUAGAAAUAAUUAUAAUCAAAAUCAAGUCCAAGAACCGAUGGAUAAACGGAGACCAUUCCUGUUCUAUUCGAUACAGGAUCUUCUACAUCAAGUAUAG